UGGAAUUUGGUGUGCGAUAGAAGCCAUUUGGCGUCAAUGUCUCAAUCGUUAUAUAUGUUUGGCUAUGUUUUGGGAGCCGUUAUAUUCGGCUAUCUGUCCGAUCGGUACGGAAGGCGUCCUAUUAUAUGGAUUACAAUUGUUAUUGAAAUAUUAGCCGGAAUUUCGAGCGCAUUAUCUAUUAAUAUAAUACAUUUUAUGAUAUCUCGUGUUAUUCUUGCGUUCGCUUCAAAUGGACGCCUCUUAUCGACAUUCAUGUUAGUCAACGAAUGUGUGGGACCCAAACACAGGGCCACAAUAGGCAUGUUUAUUCAAGUCGGUUGGGCAGUAGGUUAUUGCCUAUUGCCUGCCAUCGCGUAUAUGUUUCCCAACUUUCGGCACAUGAUUUUGGCCACAUCUAUACCCGAAGUUCUUUGGCUCGUUUGGCUGAUCGCUGUUCCGGAGUCUCCGCGAUGGCAGAUAACACACCACCGCUGGGAUAGGGCUGAACACCAACUCAUGAAAGCCGUCGUCAUUAAUAAGUUGCCUUUGGAUGACAUUCACAAUCAGUUUGAAGUUUUGAAGAAUAGUAUAUCAGAAGAGGAAUCGAAAAUGAAUGUGAGGACUAAUUGUCUGGAUCUACUGAAGACACCAAAUUUAAGGCGAAGUACACUUAUUAUGUACUUCACGUGGUUUGUCAACUCAUUCGUCUAUUACGGCAUUUCAUUAAAUAUCGGCGACUUUGGCGGCAAUCUGUUUGUCAGUUUCUUCAUCGCCGGACUCAUAGAGUUUCCGAGUUAUCUCUUCCCUAUAUUUGCGUUCAAAUAUGUCGGCCGACGGCCAGUCACUGCGGGUCUCAUGUAUUUCAGUGGUUUGUCGUGUUUCGCAAUAAUACCGUUCAUUUCGUAUCCAAUAUUAUGGCUGAGAAUUACGGUCGCAAUGAUUGGAAAGUUUUUUAUUACCAGUUCUUAUGGUGUGGUCUAUGUUUAUGCGGCGGAGAUAUAUCCCACUGUCAUCAGACAGGUAGGCGUCGGCUCGUGUUCAGUGGCCGCACGGGUGGGCUCUAUGUUGGCUCCGUUUGUUAAGGACUUGAAUGUAUACACCGGAAUGGGUGUCGUUUUGUCACUAUUUGGCACACUUUCAAUGGCCGACGGAAUAGCCAUUCAUUUUCUGCCAGAAACUCGUGGCCAACACAUCGCCGACACAUUAGAAGAGGCAGAACUAUUAAACAGUAUUGAGAAUCUCUGGGAAUCUUGCAACUUCUCCAUAAGGAACGGCCAGUUGCACGGCAAAAGUGUUCCCUAUAGAGAGUGUUCCUCCAAGGGAGGUUCUGUUAUAGUUGUGAUGUUUGGGUCGGAUCUUCAUUUGGGCGGCUUUCAGAUGCUGUGA